GGACAUCUGGCGCAAAGCUCGCUACUCCAGCGUGCCCCCUCUAGUGUUCAUAGCACAUUAAAACUAAUAAACCCCGCAUUUCGUGGCUACCAACAACAAGACACUCAAGAGUUUUUACGAUGUCUUAUGGACCGCCUACAUGAGGAAAUGAAAUACCCUGUCCCGAUUUUAACAGAAAAUGACCAAAAAUUGGACAUACGUUGCGGCAUGUCUGUUCCUGAUAUAAGAUCUCUAUUUCAUGAAGCAGGCGACGCCCCAACUCAAAGCUUACAGAGCAAACCUACACUGGGGAAAUACCCUAAUGACGCCAUGCGGCAAUCACGUGACGACAUGAUGACAAUCAGUACCUCGUCAGACGAUAGUUACCACUCCUGUGACGACUUGGCUAGCUUAUCUAGUGAAAUGGACCAAGAAACACAGCCAAUGCUUGGAGACAGCCAGCAGGAGUCUACAUUUCCAAAGGAGCUCGACGAGCUCCAUUCUUCUGGUUCUCCUCUGUACAGAAGUACAUCCAUGCCUUCGAUUUUGACCCCUCCUCCUGCUUCCACCACUCCUCCUGAGGAUAUAAGAAGAAAGAGAACUGUCUCUUCUCGUUCUACUACUAAUGUCGUAUCGAAUAAUCAACAAAAAGCCCCCUCACCCCCCAAAGAGAAACGGUUUGAAUACAGAAGCGUGAUUUCUGAUAUUUUUGACGGUGCUUUACGAAGUUCUGUACAAUGUCGUACAUGCGGUUCUUUGUCACACACUAAAGAGACUUUCCAGGACCUCUCCCUCCCAAUUCCUGGCAAGGACGACACGGCGCGUUUACAUAGUAACCCUUGUUCUAAUGCGGAAAGUUACAACCCCUGGUGGCAUAGCUUCUUGGGCUGGCUAGAAUCAUGGUUCUGGGGUUCCGGUGUCACGCUCACAGACUGUCUUUCUGCAUUUUUCUCGGCAGACGAGUUGAAAGGAGAUAAUAUGUACAGUUGUAGCAAAUGCAAAAAGCUCCGAAACGGCAUAAAAUACUGCACUUUAUUACAACUACCGGAAGUGCUAUGCAUCCACUUAAAAAGAUUUCGUCACGAAUAUUUUACUUCGUAUUCGACGAAAAUUUCUUCGACUGUUAUAUUUCCGCUUGAGGGACUUGACUUGAGCAGGUACCUUGCGAAAGAUCAUGACACAGUAAACGCCAUGUACGAUUUAUCUUCUGUGAUUGUACACCACGGGGGCGCUGGGGGUGGCCAUUACACAGCAUAUUGUAAAAACCCUGCCAGUAAAGAAUGGUACGAGUUUGAUGACCAGUAUGUUACCCUUGUACCUGAAGCCACUGUUACAGAAGCAGAACCAUAUGUCUUGUUUUACAGCAAAAAAAGCAGCAACGUAGAAAUAGCCAGAGAAGAAGUUUUGCAACUGGACAAGGAAACGGAGCCUUCUUUCAUGAAAUUCUAUGUUUCUGUUGAAUGGCUUGUCAAGUUUUUAAGUUUUGCCGAACCAGGGCCCAUUAACAACCAUCAUUUUCUAUGCCCACAUGAGAAUAUUGAGCCGACUAUGUUCGACCAAAUCGGGUCCCGCGUGUGCCUCGUGUCCGAACAGACCUGGCACGCAUUGCACAAGAUGUUCGGGGGUGGCCCAGCGGUCACGAGGGUACAGCCUUGCGCAGUUUGUGUAAAAGAAGCCAAACUUUUAGAAGAACGACGGAUUAGGGAACGAGAGAUGUAUUUGAAGGUAUUUUUAGCUGUAAAAAUAGUUUUGCAUUUAUGUGUUGGAAACCUCAUUGAUUAAUGUGGUGAAUACAAUAUACUUUAGC